CCGUCGCCGCGGCCCGGAUCGGGAAGUGUCAAGUGGGAGCUGGGUUCCCCUGGUCUUCGCCGCUACCGCCCCUGACCCCCCCGGACUCCCUAUCCAGGACCGGGCCCAACCGCCAUGACGAACGUGUAUUCUUUGGAUGGGAUUCUGGUGUUUGGUUUGCUGUUUGUUUGCACCUGUGCCUACUUCAAGAAAGUACCUCGUCUCAAAACCUGGCUGCUCUCAGAAAAGAAGGGAGUUUGGGGUGUGUUUUACAAAGCUGCUGUCAUUGGAACCAGGCUGCAUGCUGCUGUGGCAAUCGCCUGCGUUGUGAUGGCCUUCUACGUCCUGUUUAUAAAAUGAAUUCUGAAGCAUCCAUUUCAUCAUCCGCCAGCCAAGGGGACGAAGGUGAAGAGCCUGUCGGGAGCCUGGGCCCAGCAUAGGAAAGCUCAGCUAAAAUCGUCAAAGUCCCCAGGAUGACACCACAGCAUCUGCCCCUACUUUCUGUGGGGAAAACUCCUCAUGAUCACAAACAUUAUUUAUGCUUCGGGGGCCACAGAAAGCAAACUUCCUUUGACCUGCGUGUAAAUCAGUCCUCAGCAGAGAGCAUAUAAUGUCCAGAUAAAUUACUCCCCUCGGUGAUACGAUUCCUUACCUCCUGCUUAAAAACUGUUACCUAUUUUGUUCUUCAGCCCCUCAAUCGGGAUCUUUUCAAACUGAGGCUCAUUAGGGGAGGAUAUAGGCUGUGUUCAAACUUCUUGGUAAGAGAGAGAAUUUUUAAGAAUUGACUUUUAUUUUUACUGUUUUAUUUGGAUGUGAUAAA